AUGGUAAUCUGGGAGGAUCUGAGGAGCCAGCAGUUCUGGAAGGCAGUGUUGGCUGAGGGCCUGGGCACCCUGAUCUUUGUAGGGGUGGUACUUGGAAGCUCUUGCCCUAGCAGGGGCUCUGUUCCAGGCAUAACCCCAGAUCCCCUACAGCCAGCCCUCGCAGGAGGGUUGGUAGUAGUGGCCCUGGUGCAAGUUUUGGGAGAUGUCAGUGGAGCCCAAACCAACCCAGCUCUGACCUUGGCACUGCUUUGUGCUCGACGACUUGAUCUGCUCCGGGGAACUGCCUUCAUUCUGGCACAAAGCACAGGUGCCAUUCUGGCCUCUUCCAUUUUCUACCUGGCACUACCCCAGACUGUUGUAGUUCAGCUUGUAACCAGGGUAAGCAGUGGAGGUCAUGCAGGCCAAGCCCUAGGUAUAGAAUUUUUCUCCACCUUUCAGCUAAUUCUCACUGUAUUUGCCGUUACUGACCAGCAGCAACAGAGAGAGACAGGUGGGCUGGGCAGUCUGGCUGUGGGCUUUUCAGUGACUGCAGGGACACUGGCUGCGUAUGAAUCCUGCCAGGUCCCUGGGGCCUGCUGUGGUGACCGGGAUCUGGGACCAUCACUGGGCCUCUCCUUUGAGUUUCUCUUCUCAUCAGGAGCUUCUCAGAAAAAGCUUGUCAUCUGUGUAACCUGUCGUGAUGUGGAAAUGGUGGAGGCUGCCAACAUGUCCCACUCUUCUAUCUCCACUGCCACACAGCACUCACCACCACGCCCUCAGUCCCAUCCCAAGCUUGAGCACAACUGA